AUGAUCCUGUCUAACGCCACGGCUGUGACACCCUUGCUGACCAAGCUGUGGCAGGGGACAGUUCAACCGGGCAGCAACACAUCCAGCCUGGCCCGCAGGUCCCUGGGCCAUGAUGACGGCAAGCUGGCGGCACUGUACAUCCUCAUGGUGCUUGGCUUUUUCGGCUUCUUCACUCUGGGCAUCAUGCUAAGUUACAUCCGCUCCAAGAAACUGGAGCACUCCCAUGACCCGUACAAUGUGUACAUCGAGUCUGACACCUGGCAGGGGCAGGACAAGGCGUACUUCCAGGCCCGGAUUCUGGAGAGCUGCAGGGCGUGUUAUGUCAUUGAAAACCAGCUGGCUGUAGAACGACCCACUGCAUACCUUCCUGAGGUGAAGCUGUCAUCCUGA